AUGUACCACAGGACACUUGCAGUUCGUUUAGCGUAUGGUUCCAUGUCGCUUUUCAUAGCGAUUCUCCACAAUGUGUUCCUUCUGUAUUACGUAGACAUAUUUGUUUCCGUUUACAAAAUUGAUCGUAAUUCUUUUUGGCUCGGAGAGGUAAGAAUAUUCUUUUUUAUGCUAUUAUGUUAAUUUGGAGUCAGUUGAUAUUUUGUUAUUUAAAUAACAAAAUAUUUAAAUAACAUUCUUUUGUUUUUAAAAAUCAGAUAUAAAUAACCAAUAAAAUCUCGUACCCAAUCACGUACUCUGGGAUUCGUAAUAAAAAUUAUUGAGAUUUACUCAAAUGUAGAAUCAGGCAGACCCUUUAUAACUUAAAGGUGAUGAGCACUGUUUUAUAAAUGAACAAGAGAAAUCGAUAGAUUUUCAAGGUUAAAAUGUAAGCGUUAAAAUUAGCGAUUCAGAGUUUCAUUAUGUGAAUAUUGUUGCUAUAUACAUUUAUUAAGACUUCGACUUCGCAAAUUUGCCUUGGUCAGAGAAAAAUUGAGAGCCAAGACUACAAAAGUGCUGGAGGGGAAUUUCUGCCAGCAAUCCCGACUAAUUUUGCAGUCCUUUCAAGCACUUCAUAGCACUGCUUACAAGACAUAUAAACUGUUUUCACCUGAAAUGAAUUAAUCUUCUUUGGUUUGUCCAUGUAGGCAAUAUUUCUAGUAUGGAAUUCUCUGAAUGAUCCACUUUUUGGCUGGCUGAGUGAUCACAGAGCCCUUGGGAAAAAUCAGUAAGUUAAAGAUAUUUUUAAAUUUGUAUUUAAUAAAGCCAUCAAGGGUCAGUUACUUUCUUAGUAAUUUUUACUCUAAAGUCUAGUUUGAAUUUGAGUCAGUCUUAACUUAUACCCAAAGUCAAAUUACUUUUAGUAAUAGAUACUCAGAUGUGGAACCCUUUUUCAUAAAACUCAAACCAGGUGAAAAGAAUAACCCCUCAGUAUAAAUAAAUACAGUUCAGAGUGGAUAAGAACCUUUAAUUUUAAGACAUGUAGAAUACCUCUGAUGUUUUAAUACAAGUAAUUCAACUUCUCUUUAAACCUUGUUUGCUAUAUAUGAAAAUGUUUAGGGGACUAAAAGAAAUACAAUGACAUGCUUAUUAUUGCCUAAGGAUAUUUGUAUCAUUCUAGACCCCGUUGUUCAAAGAGAAAAUAACGCUAUCCAAUGAAUAAAUUGCUUAUAGUUAAAAAAACCAUACUACGCUAUCUACUGACUAGAGAUUUAUCCAGUAGAUAGCAUUAUCCAACCUUCAUACAACUGGGAUCUCACCUGGUUUUAGUUGUCCAACUGUUAGAUGACUCUUUACAUUAAGAAGAUUAGUUUUGAAUCAUUGAAUUAAAAAGGCAUGCAUUGGCAGGGAGGUCAAAUGCGAAUUGUUGUGAGAGCAACAUGAUUAUGUGCAGUAUUUCAUAUGUAUAGAGGAGGUUUAACCCCUUUCACUCCCAAGAUCUCAUCAAUUAUUCUUCUUACUAUCUGCCAUACAAUUCUUAUUAUGUUAGUUUGGAGAAUUUGGUAUUGGAUCAACUAAAAAUCUCAUAGUUACUAUUCUUUGUUCUCAUCUCUUGUCUGCUUUAUAUUGCAUUGACACUGCAAGGAGAAAUUCUCUUCAAGAGUUUUUUGCAGCUAUAAACACUACUUGAAAGUUGAAAUAAGACCAGAGAAAAAUUCAGGCCCAUACAGGAUUUGAACCCAUGACCUCUGCAACACUGGUAUCGCAGAGGUCAUGGGUUCAAAUCCUGUACAGGCUUGAAUUUUUUUCUGGUCUAAUUUCAACUACUAGUUCAGUAGUGUUUAUAGCGGCAAGGAUCUCUUAUAUUCAUCUCUUUACCGCAGUGCACAUAUAUGAUUUUCAUAUAUCUGCAAUCAUUACUGAGAAAUUCUCUCUUGGUCGCUCAUGAGAGUUAAAGGGUUAAGCAUAGCAAAGAGAGCUUCUGUUCAGAUCUAAAAAUCCCAUUAAGAGCUCCUGAUUGGUGCUACAUAUGAGUGAAAGAUCACAUUUGCUAUAAAAUUAAAAAGAAAAUUGAAGUCAAAUGUUUAUUUGGAAAAUAUUUUGUUCCUAUUUAAGGUCAAGCCUGAGUCAAUCAGAGAUUGUACAAAAGCGUUUUAGGUGAGUUGAUCACUCAGUGAUGAAAUUUUUUUGAAGCUCUAUUUCUCUUCUCAUUUGUCAUGAAGAAAAAAAGGAAUUGCAAGACAAAUACUCUAUGAGGAAGAGAAAAACAGUGUAUAACUGUAACUGUAAUUGUAAUUAUUUGAAACAAUGAUAGUAAUGACAGUAAUUGUAAUACUGAUCACAGAAAUAAUAUUGAUAAUAAUGAUGAUUAGUUUUGUACUGAGUAAAAUUUUAAUGGGUGGGUUUGGAGUUGCUGAAACAGGCUUAGGAUGUCACCUAACAGACUGUCACCCUAACAUCAGCAGGGAUAUUCUCAAUACUGUUUUAUAUACAUUUCCUAAGUUGUUGACAAAGAGAAUUUAAGUAGCAACCAAGAGCUUCUUUAGGGUUGGUGAUCAUUUGCUAUAUUCUUGUGAUAUUGGAGGGAGAAAGUAGGUACUAAUUAGAUACCUUCAGGUGUCAAAGGAUUAAGAGAAUCGUGUAAUGUUGUGUUCAUCAAUCCCUCCAGAAUUCUCCCUUGUUUUCCCACCUUAAGGAUUCUCAGUUUUCAACUAUUAUUUAAGUUAACAGAAGACCCUUCCUUUUUUAUUUCACAGGUCACUUAUAACAUAUGGACCACUGUUUACACUUGCUUUCUUAUGCAUAUGGUUUCAGUGGUGUCAUCCAUCAAUCCAGUUUGUUAUCUGUCUGUGUUUGUACGAUGGUUUCUUAACAAUGAUUGACUUGAACCAUCUGGCAUUGCUUGCUGAUUUGGCUUUGUCAUCAGAAGAUCGGACUGCCCUUAACUGGUACUGCUCAGUGUUCAGUGGAUGUGGCUCAAUGUCUGUGUUUCUGUCUUACCGCUUUUGGGAUAGAGACAACAUGGGGCCAUUUCAUGUAUUCUGUGCUAUACUAACCAUCUUCUCCUUAACUGGAUUUCUGGUCAGUUCAUUUUUGCUUAAAAAGCAUUUUGCCACCAAGAAGGUGAAAGUGGACACUCCUGACAUGGAGGAAAGGCAAGUCUGAAUUAAAUGCUGUAAAAGUUCUUGUGGUGCACAUUCUACAAAGUUAAACGUAGUUGCAGCAGUGCCUCAAUGGAAAGUCAGUCAUUUAAGUAUGACCCUUUCUUAAAAAACAACAAGAAUACUUUUUCAGUUACAGUUAUAUUAGAAUGUAAACAGCAUACUCAGUUUGUUGGGUUGUCAUCAUCAUCAUCACUAUUAUGUAUUUGUGCAUGUCUUUUUUUUGGUCAUCUCAAAACAAAAUGCCUUACAGGGCUAGGGGCCAUUGAAGGGAGGUGGAAAGAUGUAAAUGUUAAAUACUUAAUUGUUUCAGAUGACUGUUUGACACUCAAAGACAUGUGAUGCUUCUUUCUAGGAGUGAUUGUUUCUCUCCACAAAUGUCUCGCAGUUCAUUUUUUUUUUCUUGGUUCAGAACUUCUCAAACCAUGUUCCCUUUGACUUCCCUUUUAAUAAGAUCUCUUAACAUUUUCUGAGACAAAGAACUGAAAUUUUAUGAUGUAAACGCAGAGAGUUGUAACCUGAGUUUGACCCAAGAAAAGAAACAAUCCUCAGAAAAAAAUAUUUGCUACAAGUAAAUGUUAGCUUUAACCCUUUAACUCCAAAGAUCUCAUUAGUAAUUCUCCUCACUGUUUGCCAUAAAGUUCCUGACAAUGUUAGUUUCGAGAAUAUGAUAUUGGAUCAACUAAUAAUCCCCUAAUUAACAUUUUUCUUGAUUCUCAUCACUUGUCUGCUUGAUAUUGUAUUGAUAUUGUAAGGAGACCUGUCUUGGUCACUCAUGGGAGUUAAAGGGUUAAUCUGUAUUUUGCAAAUUCAUUGUCUUCUGUGGUCACAUCUGUAUUUUGCUCUGCAUGGUUAGAGUACUCCAUAGACAAGUGAUACGAUUUUUGUAUGCUAUAUUUAAUUUUUUUUAUGUAUUUGUUGGGUUACUUUCUAUAUAUUGUAAUUCUGAAACCUUGUUUUACAGGAAAGACAUUCAAAUUUCCACCGAGUCAGAGGCUGAUCAGACUCUUGAGCUAAAGAUUUUUGUCAAGCAAUUGAUUAAUCAUUCAAACUUUAUCUGGUUUGCUCUCAUGAACUUAAUACAAGUGAGUACCCAUGAAAGAAAGACUUCAUGAAAACGCGAACCACACUCAAAAUCUCGAGUUUUCCCAAAUCUCUCUUUCAAAAGGAUCCUCAUUAUAAUUGAGGCUCAUUAUUGGGAGGGACCUAGAAAUAACAUUUGAAACGGGAAAGAAAUGAAGGCAAGAUACUCUUAAUUUCCAAAGCUGUAAUUCCCCAUUGAUACGAGGAACCGCUUUCAAAUAAGCAAAAAUGGCUUGAUGAAGAAAUUAAUUAAUUUAAUUUAAUUUAUUUCAGAGCCCUUUUCGUAAACAAUGUCAUAACGCAGCUCAUAAAUCAACAAUGAACCCAUAGAAUUUCCCCGUAACACAAACAUUUUGCUAUGCAUAAUGGCGAUUGCCAUACCAUGCCCACUAUUUCAAACUUUAAUCCAAUGGUCGACGCACGUGUGAAAAUCGUUAAACUGCAAAUAGGAAAGUAGUUUCUUUGAGCGCUCUGAAUAUAGUUAGUCGGGGCGUGGGAAAACUGUAUUCAGCCGCCUUAAGUGAAAAACUUGGCGAUGAAGUUCAAAGGGUUUCCUUUAGAGUUGAAGACCUAAAACUGACUGGCUUUCUCUCUCUUGCAGGUGUUUCACUGCCAUUUCAACAGUAACUUCUUUCCUCUGUUUCUCGACAAGCUACUAGGAGACUCAAUUUCUCCUCAGACAGGCGCCAUUUUGUUGGGUGUGUCCUUUGUUGCUCCUCAUAUCAACAACCUAUAUUUCCUGGGUCUUUGUCGUCGCUUUGGAGUGUACACUGUAAUCAAGUGGCUGUUUUACGUUAAGCUUUCUCUUAGCGUGAUCAUGCUCAUGGUCGGUCCCAAUUGGCCUGGUUUGCUUUGUUUUUACAUAGCGAGGUAAGAUCCUGUUGCCACUGACAGAAGUUCUUGGUGUACUAGUCUUGAUCGAGUUGUGAUUUUUUGUUCACAUGAAGACCGAGCCGAAAUUGUAAACAAGUACAGCAUUAUCUGUUAGAGCAUAUUAAGUUGCAGCUUGCGAUCUCCUAUUUAAAGUCCGUUGUCGAGGACUGAAUAACGUUAGAUUUGAUGCUCUCCUGCGUUGCUGAAGAUUGCGGUACAAAGACCUUAAAGUCCCUCUCUAUGACAUUAAGAUCACUGUCUCUCUGUUUUUCUGUAGGCAACUGCUUUCAAAAUUAUACUUAAACUGAUUGAUUCAAGCUCAUCCUUAGAAACAAAUAUCUGUAGUUACUUCGGGCCGAUUAUUUACACGUGGUUUAACCCAAACCGCGGUUUCCACGCAAGCAGUGGGUCUCAGCAAUUUUUUAUAUGAGAGUUGAUUUGAUAAAAUAAAUGUCAUUCCACUAUUAGCCUUAAGUCCUCUCGACACUGUUCACAAAAAUUAAUGUUCAAGUAAACGGUUCGGCUAAACUGAAGAUGGCUUAGAGCGCAGUUUUGUUAAAAAAAAAGGUGUUGAAGUAACCGUCUCAUUCAGUUUUACUUAUAACAGGUAGAGCCCCUUAAUUAAGGGAUGACUGAUUGACUGAUUAGUGUUCGUUGUAUUUCAGUAAUCGCGUUUUCACCGAGGGAACAUGCAAACUUCUUAAUCUGAUCAUCAGUGACCUCGUGGACGAAGACUUUGUUCUUCACAAUCGUAAACAAGCUAUAUCAGCGCUGAUAUUUGGAACUUCUGCACUCUUCUCUAAGCCCGGCCAAACACUAGCUCCUCUGAUAGGAACAUGGCUUCUGGCGAAACAAACAGGCUAUUCUCUCUUUUACUCAGACGAUCUUUGGGCGUCUUCAUCCACCGACAGAACUAGUUUCCACGACAGUGCAAAUAGCUCUUUACGCUGGGGCUGCUUUUAUGUACUUGUUUACGUGCCUAUUGCGUGCGCGUGUAUUCAGAUCCUCGCGUGGACGAGGUUUAAACUUCACGGAAGCAGAUUGCAAUGGGUAAAACAAAUGCGCGAAGGACGCUGGUUCCCUUUUACAGAGGUUUAGAAAAUUUUAGAAAAAAAAGAGGGUUUUAAGUAAUAUACCGUAGAUAAAACCAGAGAAAUUGUUCUGGCGAACAAGGGCAAACAAAGCUGUUAUUUGAAAAUUAAAGGACUCAGUAAGGAGUCAAAUCAAAUAGGCACAAAUGGAGCCAGCGCACUGGGUUUUCAGGCGUUUUUUGCUCUCCGUCGUGUUGUUAUUUCUGAGAAAUGAAUUAUGAAAGAGAGGGUAACAAGUUAUUUCUUAUCAAGAUAAAUAUAUUUUGCAAAUUCUUGUUAUAAAUAGAAGGGUAUAUAGAAUACAAAGUGUCUUAAUGAACACAGUAGUUUUUCUUUAAACAUCGUGUUUGAUUCUCUCGGUUUUUUUUGUAGAGGGGUAAGUUUCUAAACAAACUGUGGUGCUGCGUCGGUAGGAGAGUGUAACAAGGAAAUUUGGUAUUAUCAACUGAGUUGAUAACGUAAAUUGGCCA